AUGGACAGAAAUGCCAAUGCAUACAGUGAACUAUUUUAUCAUUGUGUACAAGUAUUAAAUGAAUAUGAUAAUAAUAUAUCCGAAGAAACAUUUUUAGAACAUUAUUUUCAAGAAAAUGAAGUUCCGAAUGAAACAUUCGUAUCAACAAUAUUAUUUGAUUGUAUACGACAUUCAACACUACUUAAAACCAUAACCAAUAUUUUUUAUGCUACAGAUGGCAUUCAUAUUCGAAGAUCAGAACAUAAUAUUUUUAAAAUUAUUAUUUAUCUUAUCUUUUUUCAACUUGAUACAGUUGGAUUAAAACUAUUACGUGGUUUUAUUAAUUCUGUUCAAUUAAAUCGAAUGCAUCAAUUGUUAAAAUUUUUAAUCAAUGAAAAUCAUCUUGAAACAAUUCAGAAAGAAUGUAUGAAAUUAUAUGAACAAGAAUAUAUUGAUGAUAAAAUUGGUCGAGUUAUUAAAGCGUAUGUUAAAUGA